UUACGUAUCUUUCCCUCCAUCAUGUGUCAGUGUUGGUGGACUUCUGUGCUUAAAACUACACUGGCCAGUGGUGCUGGCUGCUGUGAGCGGAGGUGACAUCACUGACAAGCAGGCAGCCGCCGUUGUUUGUCAAUGGACCGAAAUGACAGCCCGAGCACCGGAGCCUGUUAGCUAAACACUACCCGACUUUGAGGAGGGCCCGUGCGCAGACGAUGCUAGGUUACCGUGGCUAAUCCUCCUGUGGUUUACAGCUGGGCACUACUCCUCACAUCCGCCGUAAAUCGUAAGAGCCAACCUACGUAUUUAUUCUGCGAAUUCAUGAUGGUGUCGCAGUUCAUCUUCAGUGAAACACGGCUCAUAACAUCCACCGUACACCUACAACCGUCGCUGCACAUGGCUUUUCUAUGUUUCAGCAAAAUGCAGUAGAUUAAACCUGCCCAAGCUCCAAAAGUGACCAAAAUGGGAUGCAUCGCAGCUUAUCUGCAGAAAAUAAGACGCAGGAUGAAGCUGGACCUGCUCAGAGAACUGGGCCGUCAGUAUCCAGUCUUCUGUUUCCUGCUGCUGGUCCUGCUGCUGUCCACAGUGCUUCUAAACAGAUAUAUCCACGUCAUUAUGGUGUUUUGGUCAUUCCUGGCUGGAGUUGUCACUUUUUACUGCUCUCUGGGGCCGGAGUCUCUGCUGCCCAACAUCUUAGUUUCCAUUAAACCUAAGACUAAGUCGUACCAACAGGAGCUGUUUCCACUGGGCCAUAGCUGUGCUGUUUGUGGAAAAAUAAAAUGCAAAAGACACAGGCCGACUUUAUUAUUGGAAAAUUAUCAGCCGUGGCUUGACCUGAAGAUUCCAUCUAAAGUUGACACUUCUCUUUCAGAGAUUUUAGAGCUGGUUCUGGAAAACUUUGUUUAUCCGUGGUAUAGAGACAUCACUGAUGAUGAGGCGUUUGUUGAUGAGCUUAGAGUGACUCUGCGCUUCUUUGCUGCUGUGUUGGUCCGUCGAACCCAAAAGGUCGACGUGGCAUCCCUCAUCACAAAAAAGCUUCUUAAGGUUUCCAUGAAACACAUUGAAAUAAUUACCAAAGCAAGACAAAAAGUGAAAAACACAGAGUUUCUUCAACAAGCUGCUCUGGAUGAAUAUGGUCCUGACCUUCAUGUAGCCCUUCGAAGCCGCAGAGAUGAGCUCCUCUACCUGAGGAAGCUGACGGAGAUGCUCUUCCCUUAUAUCCUGCCUCCCAAGGCUACAGACUGCAGAUCUCUUACUCUACUGAUAAGGGAAGUCUUGGCUGGUUCUGUCUUCCUUCCUUCACUGGAUUACUUGGCUGAUCCUGACACAGUGAAUCAUUUACUAUUAAUAUUCAUCGACAACUCUCCUCCCGAACGAGCCACAGAUCCAACUUCAGCCUUGGUUCCUUUCCUGCAGAGGUACUCCGAUAUUCGCAGUAAGAAGCCCUCAGUGCUAAAGCUGGAGCUAAAGGAAAUCAGAGAACAGCAAGACUUGCUUUUUCGUUUCAUGAACUUCCUCAAGCAAGAAGGCGCUGUUCAUGUGCUUCAGUUCUGCCUUGCAGUUGAGGAAUUCAACGACAGGAUACUGUGUCCAGAGCUGUCCGACUCAGAGAAAAUGAUGCUGCACGAGGAAGUGAAGAAGAUCUACGAGACCUACUGUUUGGACGAGAGCAUCGACAAGAUCCGCUUCGACCCCUUUAUAGUGGAAGAAAUACGCAAUAUCGCUGAAGGUCCAUAUGCAGAGGUGGUGAAACUCCAGACCAUGAGAUGUUUGUUCGAAGCCUAUGAGCACGUCCUGUCGCUCCUGGAGAAUGUUUUCACCCCCAUGUUUUGUCACAGUGAUGAGUAUUUUCGCCAGCUUCUUAGAGGGGCCGAGUCCCCUGCCAGGAAUUCCAGGAUGAGCAGAAAUAGCCUCAGUUUGGAUGACAUUCGUUCCUGGGACUGGAGCCCUGAGUCCCCGUCCUCACUGUUCACCACCGCCUCUGGCAGUUCUUCACCUGCAUCCUUUAACUCCCUCCAUGCCCAGUCCACGUUCACAACUUUCCCAUAUGGCUCGCUAUCUCACCGCCACUCAUCACCCAAGAACACGUCAAAAAGGGGCGAGUCCUUCGGGAUCAGCCGCAUUGGCAGCAAGAUCAAAGGGGUGUUCAAGAGCACGACCAUGGAAGGAGCCAUGCUGCCAUCGUAUGGGCUGGUGGAGGGAGAGGAUGACAUGGUCGAGGAGGCCAUGAUGGUGUUGGAGGACGACUCCCCCAUGGAGGCAGCCUCCACUCCCAGCACCCCGCGAAACCUCUCAGCCUGGAACAUCACCAUCCCUUACAUUGAUUUCUACGACGAUGACGUAAAGAGGGAGAGAAUUCCAGUCUUCUGUAUCGACGUGGAGCGCAAUGACCGGAAGGCAGUGGGACAUGAAACUGAGCACUGGUCUGUGUACAGAAGAUAUCUGGAAUUCUAUGUUCUUGAAUCAAAGCUCACAGAGUUUCAUGGCUCGUUUCCAGAUGCACAGUUGCCGUCCAAGAGAAUCAUCGGCCCCAAGAAUUAUGAGUUCCUCACGUCUAAGAGGGAAGAGUUCGAGGAGUACCUUCAGAAGCUUCUGCAGCAUCCUGAGCUGAGCAACAGUCAGCUUCUGGCUGACUUCCUGUCUCCUCAUAGUAUGGAGUCUCAGUUCCUGGACAAGAUGUUACCUGACGUGAACCUGGGGAAAAUCAUUAAGUCUGUGCCCAGCAAACUGAUAAAAGAGAAAGGGCAGCAUUUAGAGCCUUUCAUCCAGUCAUUCUUCAACUCCUGUGAAUCUCCAAAACCCAAACCCAGCCGCCCUGAGCUCACUAUUCUGAGCCCCACCUCGGAGAAUGAUAAAAAGCUCUUUAACGACCUCUUCAAAAAUAAUGCCAACCGAUCAGAGAUGAUGGAGAAGAGACACAAUCAGAACUACUUUAUGGAAAUGAUCACUGUUGAAGGAGUGUAUGACUAUUUAAUGUAUGUGGGCCGAGUCGUUUUCCAUAUCCCUGACUGGUUGCACCACCUGCUAAUGGGCGGAAGGAUUCUUUUUAAGAACACACUGGAGGCUUACACAGAUUACUACCUGCAGUACAAACUGGACCAGGUGGUUGAGGAACAUCGACUCAUCUCACUUAUCACUCUGCUUAGAGAUGCAGUUUUCUGUGAGAGCAGUCAGCCUCGAUCGGCCCAAGAAAAACACAAGAGAGCAAAGAAGACAUUUGAGGAGAUGAUGAACUAUAUUCCAGAUGUUCUGGGGAAAUGUAUUGGAGAAGAGGCCAAAUAUGAAGGAGUGCGUCUGCUGUUCGAUGGACUUCAACAGCCAGUUCUCAAUAAACAGCUGACAUAUGUGCUGUUGGAUAUUGCCAUUCAAGAACUAUUUCCUGAGCUAAACAAGCAGGGGCAGAAGGAGACCUCUAUGAUGGCUCCAUGGAUGUAAAAUGGACAAACUCUUCAAAUGAAGAUGCUCAUCAGAGUCUAAACCCACAUUUACUACAGAGAUACUGUGUGCAUGGUGGCCAGAAGCUAACACAGGGGUAGAUAUUAACAAUCAAAGGUGUUCAAAUGAUUUUAAUUCAGGUUCCACAUAGAAAACCAAACGAUCUCAAGUGGGUCAGAUCAGUAAAAUACUAUCAUAAUAACCUAUAAAUAAUGACAACUCCAAAUUUUCCCCUACAUUUUUGUGAAAAAAAAAGAAAAAUUACAUGAAAAUGCUUACAUUUACACCCUAGCCAUUCACAAAAAAAUAUGAACAACCUGAAAUGUCUUGAGAGAAAGUGCAAUUUGACCACUAUUCUGCUUGUUAUGAAAUGUUGUGUGAAUUUGUAGAUCCACUGUGAUCUGUAAGUUGUAAUGUACGUGUGUAUAUGAUGAACUGAGGCAUAAUAUUGUUAAAAUUGCACUUUUUUUUUCUUAAGAAAUUUCCGGUUGUUCAUGUUAU